AUGUGUCUUAUCCUUCAGCCCACCUCCCAAUGCAAGGUGUGCUUUCAACUCACCCGACUCGAAGACGUAAACCAAUUCUGCACCAACACCGACAACAUCGCCAGUGGCACUCAGUGGGCCAACAUCUCACCUUCCAUCCUAGGCUCCUGCGGUACCCUCAAGCUGACGAGAGUCCAACGUCUUGCUGAGUUCGUCUGCGAACACUGCCGCUGGUCGGCAGAGCGGGCGGCCAAGGACUUUUACGAGUUCCUCUAUCCGUCCCCGCACAGGUACUUUGGAGAAUCGGCCCACGGCUUCGCUGAAGAUUUCUUGAGCCGUCCGAGUGCGCCUCCUCCUGGCAAGCAACGUCCGUUUCCUUGGAACAACAAGGCUGGGCCGGUUUCGCCACAGUCUGAGGCAUCGUCUGAGGCGUCAGUUGCCACGACGCACUUGAACCACCGGUCAACUCUGGACCCGCCGGCUAGAUCCAAGUAUGAGUUCCACUCUUCAUCAAGUGUGUAUUCAUGUUCUAGUGAGUCAACCGAAGAAGACAGCAAGGACGAUAACCAGGACGAUAGCCAGAACGACAGCCGAUGCCUUCGAUGGGCCAAUUCGGUAGACCUUAUGAACAGCAAACAACAGCUACCACCUCUGAACAUGCUGGUCAAUCAGACCCAGAACCUUGCAGAGACCCCAAAGUCCGCUAAGCAACUUCGAGUCGUAUCAUCUUGGGGCGCGAGGGCCGUUAACAACCCCGAAGAAGACCCCUGGUGGCUACCCGAGACCUGGGGUGCUGCACAGGACCUCACCGACGACCUUGUAGAAUAUCUCAGCAAGGCUGAGCUUGUUAGCACCUUCCACGACCACAGUGUUCACGUCUCUCGAAACAAAAAUGAUACAGGUACCUGGGACGAGAGCCUCACCGUCAUCAUCAUGACGCCUAGAGGAAUUAGAGCCCGCAUCAUGACUGGAGACGUGUACCAGCAGGGUGUAAGCCUGGCGGGCCUCCGCAUGAUUGAUAGGACUCGGUACCAGCACAUCUCCAAGAAGGAGCAGAAGAAUAUGGAAAAGGCGGGACUGGGCUGCAUCUUCUACCCGUGUAGAGUCGCGAGUUGUCCGCUUUCUCACAGGCAGGAUCAGCAUCAGCCGUGGCCUUCGAACGGCGAGAGUCUGCUUGCUGGCUUGGAAAGGGGAUAUCGGAUGCGUAAGAACUGGAAGUCGCGGGCUAGUAUUCCUACCUCUAUGACGCCGACGCCGACGCCGACUCCUCGUCAAUAUUCGUCUCCGUCCCCUAUCCGUGGUCGGUUGCCUGCUGUUAUUCCGCGCCGUCGCCCGGCCCCGCUGGAUCUGACAAAGACCAAGGAAGUGAGAUUCACUGAUGCAGCAGAUGUUACUGGAUCGACUUGGUCCCGUGGAGAUGUGACGCCUCAUCCGAACAGUCUUCAGACAGCAAUUUCAGAUGAGGAGGAGGAGGCGGAGGAGGAGGAGAAGGGUCCCCUCACGACGCCUGACUGGUUCGAACCUCUCAUGAAAACACCACUCAAGGUAAAAGGCGAUGUGAUGGUGAAGUACGGAGGCAGAGCUGGUAGAGUUCGACCCCAGAACUACAACUUGAACCCAGCCAGCGAAAGCAAUGAAUCACCACUACCUCACGUUCGUUCUGAGGCCAGUCGACAGCAAAUUCCCCAGGCAGGAGGGGCUUCAAUCUUUGGGCAAGUAUACAACGCCAGAAGGGCUGCGGCUGGUUCACCAAGCGACGACACCUCAAAUUUGCGUCGCCCUACCCAUGCUCUGAACCAGUCAUGGAUUUCCGGUUCUGAUGAGGAUUAUAGUGGCAUCUAA